AUGGUUGCUUUAUCAUCCGAGUGCACUAUCUGGUUUACAGUAUUCACCGCCGAGUUUGUUGCUAUAGUAACGGCGAACCUCCUUUCCAUCAUUAUUUUUAUAAAGAACAGAAGCCUUCGUACUCGCAGCAUGUACUUGGUUAUAAGCUUAAUCGUGGCUGACAUGUUGGCUGGAGGUCUUUCCGGGAGCGUGAGUCAGUUGGAUUUGCUGCGCAAUUGUCACUUUGUAAAUUCUUAUUUAGUAUAUCUGAAAGUUAAUAUCACUUUACGCAAUAUUUGGCUUUUCUUUCCCUUUGUCUCUCUGACAAACAUUGCUGUGAUUUCUUUAGAGCGAUUUCACGCCACGUUUCGUCCAUUUAGCCAUCGACUUAUCAAGAGAAGGGUCUACGUGGUGGCAAUUGUUGUUGUGUGGGUUUUUCCUGUUAUUACAGUAGUCAUUCGGGAUAUAGAAUGGAUUCUGAUUAGACAUCACCUGUACUUGUGGGAAUCACACUGUUGUUUAUGUUUAAUUGUUACCUUUGUUUCUUACACGUCCAUUCUCGUUAAGUUUCGAUUUGGAGCUCAUCCUCAGCGCCAUUGUGCAGCUGCUUUAAAACAAAGAAAACUGACUGUCACAUUGUUUAUAACAAUUUUAGUAUCUUUGCUGUUGUGGCUACCAUACGGUAUAUACCUUUUUGUUGCCUGGUUAACUGGUAUUUGUAAUUACAGUAUUACUUAUCCAGAAGGUGUAAGUUGGGAAGGUGUAAGUUGGGGUUAUUUAAUGCGUUUUUUGUUUUAUGCAAACUCUCUUGUAAAUCCCAUUUUAUACGCAAUCAGGAUGCCGGACUUUAAGAAAGCUCUGCUCUCAUUUUUCAGAUGUCAUCAAAGAGAAAAUGUUGCUACUGCACUAAAUCUUAACUAAGAGGGGGGGGUAUGGACAAAAUGAUAAUAGUAAUAUUUGCUAAUAUCACUAACAAUUUAGUGACCACAAUAUGAGUUUAAACCCUAAAAAGUGCAAGGCAAUGUUUAUUUAGUUAAUUUCAUGCAGAAUCAUAACUUUGUAUUGACAGCCAUCAUUAUUGGCAAUACCUUUGUGGAUCGCGUCCCCAUCUGUAAACUCCUCGGAGUGUAUAUCAGCAACUAUCUACGGUGGAACUGUCACAUCGAUUAAAAAUUUUUAGAAGGCCUCAAAGCGCCUCUUAGAAAAGUGUACAGUAUGUAAAUGCUUAGUAGUAAUAUAUAUGUAUAGCAUUGUUACAUAGUGUAAUUUUUGAAGCUUGUAUUUUAUCCCUACAAUUCCGUUUUUUAAAUGCAAUGGUGAUUUUUAAACAGUUUAUUGUAUUAUUAUUGUUAUUAUUAUCAUUUUUAAAAAACAUAGUGCACCUUGUAAAUCGCUAUGAAUUAAGAGAAGUUGAAGAGACUGUUAAUGUAUGUAUACAUAGAAGCAAAGGCUACAGUAGCCUAUAUUUGGAGGAAGUGUCAGAACAAAUAAAGAUUAGACAAGAAAUCUUUAAAAAGUGUGUUCAAUUGAGAAAUCAGCCUUUUAGAUAUGGAAAACCGAAUUUCGAAUUUUCCAAUGAAAAAGCGAGGUGGGUUUCAUCCGCCCUCGAGGUGAGAAAAUGCCCCCACCCAAUAUCUCUUUUAAGUUCGACAUUGGCUUUCUUAUCACGGCUGGCAUCAAUGAGUUUAAUGAUGUCCACAGAGUGAGAGAAAAAAAAAAGCCUUUAAAUUAGCAUUGCUAAAUUAAAACAACUUUUCAAAAGCAAACAAACCAUACAUUAAACUGAACUUGUGCAACUAUAUAGCACUUCCAGCGUAAAAAAAAAAAAAAAAAAAAAACAGAGAAAGAAGAAAAGAAUAGCAAUAAAAACGUCCCUCUGAUUUAAGGCCACCUGAUCGAGUGUCUUCUUCUGCAGUGGAAGCUCUUGAAGCUUUGAAACUCAAUUCUAGGCCACACAAUGGUCGGAAAACUCAAAUUUUGAGACUCCCGAAGGUGUCGUCCCGACUAAAGCAUGAGUUCCAAGCAAGAUAUGAAACCUUGCUUAAUUACUCCCUCUCGCCCCCACCCCUGGUCGAUUUGAAAAAUUUUGUUUAUAAGCUGCAAUGUUUUCAAGUUGCGGCCCAAAAAAAAAACAUGCAAAGAGUUUUGAUAUGAAAUUUGAUUUAAAUUUCCAAAGAGUUAUUAUUGCUAUUGCUCUGAAAAUCCCCCUAUCGUGGUACAAGGGGAGGGGGGGAUAGAAACCCCACCCCCUAGAGUUUUCGUUUUGUGGCAGUAUUGCGAAACGAUUUUAUUUUCAGUGGAAAGCCUUUUAUCUUCUCUAAAAGACACCAACAAUGGUUGCCAUCUUGCCCACCGUCUUGGAUUUCACCAAGAAUUAGAAGUCAGGUUAAAGCCGAGAAAUGGUGAUUUUUGUUGGGCUUGACAUGAAACAUAACACACAAAUAAGCACUUUGUAUGAUUUUAGCCACAAUAUUUACUUUUAUUGUUGAAAAAAGUUGAAAAAACAUUACUUGUACUUUCACUCAAAAAUGGCUUGACCACCUCCUACUUAUGAAGUCAUAUCUCGUAGCCCUAGAAACUGACCAUUACUGAACUUGACCCAAAAUGCGCCUGUACGAUGAACGAACAGCUACUGGACACGUCAGGUGCUGAUGUUUUAUCCUCUAAGAGAAAACUCAGAUCAGCAAAACCUUAGAGGGGUGGCAUCAACUCCCACUUGCACCUCCGAAGGUUAAAAUUACGCGCUCAUCUUUUAUCUUACGAAGUCGUUGCACUUCGUGCAAGUGCAUGACAAUAAGCCCAAUCUGUUCCCCCUCGACCAAAAAAGAGGAAGACUGAAAACAUGGGCGAUUGAAUUUUCAUUACUUGCGACCACGAAAUUAUUAUUUGUUGUUCAAAAAUGCCAAAAGAAAAUAUCAACUGAAAUGGUUGCAUUUUUUCCACUUGCCGUAGCAAUAUGAUAUAUGCCACAUAAUCUUUAUAUUUGUGUUGUAUUACAACUAGAUUAUCGCCAUGGCCAAUUUCUCGAUAUUCGUCCCACUGAUCUAUCACAUACCAAUGACUUUCGGCGUUUUGCCUAGCUUUUCUAAUAAAACUUUUUACCGCUAUGGCGGCUAUUUUGAAUUAAUGAGAUUUAAGGAGUGUUAUAGGACCAUGUGCACGAUUCGAUAUACUCGCUCCCUAUUUACGCGCGCUUUUCGGACCAAUCUUCUUUAAGUUUUCCAAGGAAAAGAUUGUCAUGGGAAAAAAAGAUCGUUGUGCCGUGUUUGGAUGUAAUAAUGAUCGCCUUUUUCCCGAGAAAUAUACAGUGAAGUUCUCUUUUUGCCCAGAAAGCGCGCGUAAAGAAUAAGCGAGUGCCCCCUGGGGAUACCAUAAGUAAAGGUAAAGGCGCACACGAGCCAAAGGCCUACAGGGACGGAGUUUCUUUCCAGUUUAAUUCCGUGGCAUUUUGGAUGGGAUGAAAGUCUAUUGCAGGGUUACCCCCCAGCAGUAUGUCGCCGGUGCCCAAUUAUACACCCGGGUGAAGAGAGACAAACUGGAGUAAAGUUCCUUGUCUAAGGAAACAACGUGGCGGGCGAGGCUUGAACCCUGGACCUCCAGAUCCAGAGUUCGAGAUGUCAACCGCUCGGUCACGUACCAUAAUGCUCCUUACAUCUAAUAAAUACAAUAUGGCUGCCUUAUUGGCAAAAAGGUCUAUUUUGAUCCACGGCUCAUGAUAGCGUGCCUCCUCUGGCAGGAAAAACGUGGUAAUAAUAGCAUCCCUGAUCUCGGAGUAAAGGCAAAACAUCAGCUAGGUGAAAGUAAUCUUAACUAUAUCAGUGGACUUUAACAUGAUGUUAUUAGGAUGUAGACUGCGGAUCGUUAGACCACGCGGUAACUUAUAUUCUGCUUCAAGGGCGGAUCCAGGACUUUUUUUUAGGAGGGGGUGUUCUAUUCUCUUGCUCUACUUCAACACCAAUAAACCACAUAGUUUUUUGUUUUUGCAGAAUACCAGUUGUAUUAGAAUUUCGCAGGUCAUCUCGGGGGGCGCACCCCCUGCACCCUCCCCAUAGAUCCGCCCCUGUGCUUUUCCUGGUUUUACAGCUCUUUACUUACCUGAAUCUCUCUUUCCUCAAGGAUAAAAUAUCAGCACCUCACGUUUUCAGUAGCUGCUCAUCCUUCGAGCACAUUUUGAGACAAGUUUAGCGAUGGUCAGUUGCUAUAAUGACGACACAUGACGUAAUAAGAAGCUGGUGGUCAGUGGUCUUUCAACAAUAACACUAAACCUUGUCGCUAAAGUCAUGUAAAGUGUUUAUUUAUGUGUUAUUUUCAUGCAAAGCACAAAAACUACCAUUUCUCGCAGGUUUAACCUGAUUCUUGCAGCCUCCUCCUCAGGCGCUUCGUUUUUCGCAUGGCAGAGGCGAGCGCGAAACGAGUGACUGGUGAUACACCGCAAGGGACCAUGGGAAGGGUACAGACGGCAGGCGAAGCGCCUGCCAGAUCUUGUGUCGUUUUCUUGGCAAAAAGUCGUUUUCUUGGCACGGCCCAAUUUUUGGUCUUUUCAAGUCUUGGAAGCGAUCAAUUGUUGUAAACAUUGUAAACUUUGAGUAGACAGGUGAAUGGCUCAAAAUUUCAAAACCUGAGGUAGAAAUAACCGACAGGCUGCAAAGGAGUCAGAUUCUGCUGGAUUCUUACGAAUCGAAGACCUCUAACAAAAUAUUUGAUGACUUGACGGUAUCGGGUAAGUCUUAUAUUUUAGUGUUUGACUUGUCGUUUAUUGCAGAAUCCGGAUAAGUAAAGUACAGCGCCGGCGAUUAUGAAUCUAUUUUUCGCUCUUUUAGGCCAAAUCCACCGAACAACGAGCAAGUAACCUUGUGAAUUGAAAGAAGUGCAAGGCCUAGCUAGAUUGUGCAAGGUCAGGAGUUGAUUAUCAAGACCACAUUAUGUCCUUACACCAAGAUUUAAGUCUGCGACGUUACUUACUAUGAAACCAGGGACAGAUGGAUAUAUUUCAGUAGACGCUUUUGACAAAAUAAAUAAAAAUGCAUAACUUGUUGAAGCUUAAAAUUCCUAACUCUCGAUAUAAGAUCCCUAGAUUCUCGAGAGAUAAGUAAUGAACUUUAUUUUCGGAUCAGGGAAGGGGUUGAAAAGAAGGAAGGUGCCAGCAUUGAUCAAUCCAUCAUUUUGGACUACCUCUCUCCAAACUUGAUGAGGGAAGCAAAUAUAAAGGCAGUCUUUUCUAGCUUAAUUUUUUUAGUAUUUGAAAUACCAGGUUAAAUACUAGGUGAGCUUUCACACGAAAACUUGAUAUCUUCACAUGUGAAAAUAACAUGUUAAGUCACAUGUGAAAAUAUGACCUUUGCUAUGGCUACAUAAUGAAUCGCGCCUUUCACACCCAAAAACUAUUAAAGUGAAAUGGUUUGGUAUUUCAUUGGUGUUUAUAUAAUAAAUGGAACAUUACAUGGCCGCUUGGAGAUACGAAAUUUCUCUUCUCGUGUUGAAAAAAUAUUUCACGUGUUCGCUGCGCUCACACAUGAAAUAUUUUUCAACACCACUCAGAGGGAAAUUUUGUAUCUCCGCGCAGCCAUGUAAUAUCCUCUAUAUAUUGUACAAUAAUUAAUGCUAAAAUAUAUUUAUCGAUUUUAUCUUUUGUAGGAGAUUUUGUUAUUGCUAUCAUUAGUUUUAACUUUAUUUCAUUUUAUUUAUGGGUGUAAAAAAAUAAAAUAUUCAUAUUCCUUGCGAUUUGAUUCGAUUUCGAGUAUUGCCUUUCGAUUUCGAUUAUUUUGAUUCGAUUAUGUAAAUGUUUCUUAAUUCUUAUAACAUAAUGUGUAAUGUAAACAGUAUGCAACCCUAAAUCCUCAAUAUAAGAAUAGUAACAGAGACAGGAGGAUUCACAGUCGCUUGGUUCAUCGCCAUGUUUGAGAACCUGACAAAGAGUGUGUUGCAUAUGGUUAAUUGCCUUAUUUGGAAACUCUCAAGGGGAGGUUGAAGGACAGCAUUUUUGCCAGGCAACUCAAAAUGGCGCACAAACUGCUAUCGUCUUUGCUCGUCAAUCAAAAACGCACAUUAAAGAGUUCUGGAUUCUUAUUUUACAAUAUAUUAACUCACUGAGGGCACCCUGGAAAAGGUGUGCAAAAACCGAACCAAAAUCGAGAUGCGGAAGCAAAGAAUCCUGAAUUGAACUGAACAGUCAUGAUGACAAUUAAUCGAGAAUUUGAUUAAUUGUUACACUACUAAUUUUAUUUACCUAGAUGUCUGGCAUGAUGGCACCCCUAUUGCAAGACUAAAAAUGUUUGAAUAAAGGUUGAAUAAACUACAUAGUUCAGUUAAAACACAAUGAUUCAAUGAUCACACUACUACAUCUCAUUUAAACUCCAGGUCUGUGGUCUCAAUGUAACUUUAUUGGGACACACAGAUGUAAAAGAAGGGGGAAAGGCUUAACCCUUUUUUAACAGAAGUCAGUUCAAUGACAACGUAACAUGCCCGUUCAAUAAUCUCAGUAGCCCAUGGACAGCAAUUUUUUUCUGAGGGGAAGGGGCAACUGUACACAUGCUUUUAUCGCAGUAUUAGUUCAAAAAACACACAUCAACCUAAUUUCCAUUGUCCAAAAUAAAGGAAUUAUAGGAGCAAAGUAUUUUAUUACUUUGGGCAAGACAGAUUGAGUUUAAGUUGGAUUAGGGGUGCAGGUUUUCUCUUUUGCUGACCAUAGCUCAAUGACCUGACCACAUCUCAGUUCAAUAAUCACGGCAGAAAUUCAGAAAACAUACAUCAAUUCAAUGUCCAGUGACACUACUUUAAGGAAUAGGAGCAAUAUUUUUUAUUUCUCUGGGUGAGGUGGAAGCUAUGGAAAGUGGUGAGGGUUUUGAAUGGCUGAGCUUCUGGUCCAUACUUAAAACAGCUGGCAUUGCAUUGCUUGACACUGUUAAUAGACCUGACAUCAGCCUAAUAAUAGUGUAGUGUAGUGUUUUUCACUGCAUAUUCUUCCAGUUUGUCCAGGGGCCUGUUUUUACUGUUCUUUCCAUUAGAUGCUUGUAUCUUGAUUGUAAUUUUGUAGUUAAAAUUUCUAGGAAGGGGGUUGGGGGUUAGUAGUUACGCAGAACCAUCUAUACUUAUCUUAACGUUUUUUGCAUUUCAAGGUAAUUCUGUGUCCAUUGAUAAUUAUUAGAUGAUCUUGUAUUCCUCUGCAACUCCAAAGCAGGUCAAAAACUACCCCUUCAGAAGACUUUUGAGGGGAAUUUUAUGCUACCACACGUUUGCCAAUAAAAAGUAAGUAGAAUUUAUUUACAAAGGGCUGUGCAUUCAGUGACAAGUCUAGUACCCAGUGAGGUAAUCGAACAAUAAAAAAUACAAUUAAAAAAAAACCUGGAGCUAGUUUUGUGGCUGUUUUUCCGGUACAUAAGCUUACAUUGUCGAGCAAAUGAUACACAAUGCGAAAUCCUGAGACAAAAAAUUUAACAGAUUUAAAAAACAUUUUAUCAUCUAUUUCAUAACAUAACUUAGAGGUCUUGAGACUAGACUGGUUUGUUGCCUUUUCGAGUACUCAAGAUACAGCGUGCAGCAAAUAGUAUUUUAAAGCUUUACAAAAUAUUUGGCUUCAUUUGACUGUUGCAACAAUUCUCAGCUCGCCAUUUUUCACUUCGACUGAAGAGAUCGUUUCAUCACUGGGGACCUUAACAGAAACGAUUACUAACUUACUAACUUUCCUGACCGGCUGUUACCUUGGCGUGCGGCAGUUUCAUUAAAUUAAAGGCAGUACUGUCCCGUCCGCGGCUAGUAGUUUUUCGAUAUAAAGUUCGGUAGUAAACAUUAUGUAGUUCGGUAGUAAAUAUUAUGAAGCUUGAGUCCAAUGUGUGGGGUGAAAACAGCUUUCUCUUCACACACACGACGUGGAUAGGCAAUGAUUUGCUCUAAAUUCGCAAAUGAACAGGACUGAACUUAUUUUAAAAAUUGUAUAUUGGUCCGCCAUUACUCUUGCCGCCAUCUUGAAAGUAAGAUCUGCCAGACGUCUCGCCCGUUGUCUCCUUCCCGCCUUCCUUUGCGCGCACAUCGAGAGAGACGUCUGGGUACGACGCAGUGAUUCUUGGUAAAAUCCAAGAUUGGGGCCAAGAUGGCGACCAUUGUUGGUGACGUCACAGGCCAACAACUAAGCAUAAAACCAAAUAUUUGUUUUCUUGGCCAAAUAACUUUAAGUUUUUGUUCGGCGCAAAAUGUAAAGUUCACAACGUCACAAGGGCUGAAGACAGCAAAAAAGGGUUAAAUGAGUUUUUUAAUUACAAAGUCAAUCCAACAGACAGAGCUUAAGAGAGGGAGCUUAAGAGAGGGAGUAUAACAUUUAAAAACCAUUUUCCGUUUCCUUGGGGGGGCAAAUUAACGGCUGAUUUUCCGGUAGUAUAAACCUUUUCUAUUUGCCAAUUGCCAAUUGCCAAUUUUUAUCCUUUGGUGGAUAGAUUAUUAGAUUUUUUAAAAUUUUAUUCUUCUAUAAAGGAAGCAAUGAAAGGGUAAAAUCAGGCGUGUAAGACCAGGAAUGAAUGGUUUCAUCCCCUUAAAAAUAUCUUUUACGCAGGCAAAACGUGUAAAAGACCUUGCUUUUUUGCGGUGGCAAAGCAAAAAAAAAUGCUUUCAUUUAUCGCUCAGUUUUUGACGCUAAAUGUCGUCUGAAAAGCAGCCUGGUGUUUUUCUUUGUGUGUUUUUGUUUUUGUUUGUUUUUUUUUUUUUUAAGACAUAACUCGUCAGUUAGCUAAUACAUAAAAAACCCUCAUAAGUUUGAACAGUCAAAAUAGUGGUUGGAAAAUCGUUUCAAUGGAUAAAAAAGCGAAAUUUUGAGCGAUGUUGUAGGAUUGUUCAGUUCACCGUUUACUCUAGACUUUCCCUUCUAAUAAAAGAAGGAAAAAGACGACAAUUUAUCCUAGGUAAGGUAAUGGGAGAUAAUAUUAUUUAUUUAAAAUUAAUCCCUGCUUAUAUCUAGCGAAAUAUGGCUAAGCAAUAGAUAAAUCCAAAAUUACAAACCUUAAAUAAAAAGGAAUGUGUGGGUUUCCUGUUGAGCUCUUACUCAAUAGUCAGUACAUGGGCGUUUAUGGCUACCUACUCAACGGAGAAUUUAAAAUUGAUUAACCCUUGUGAAGCCCGAGUUCACGCAGCUACGCUGGCUAGCUCACACAAUAUUUCGUACGUUGGCUGCCGUUUUUCCUGGCUAUAUGUAAUUUCAUUUUUUAAAUCUGGCGACUCCCUGGAGACCUCUUUCUUUCUUUUUCCUUUUUUUCUUUUUCUUUUUUUUUUUUUUUCUUUUUGUUUUGUUUUGUUUUUGUUCUUUUUGCUUUUGGUGAUAUUGACAUGAAGAGCAUGAUGUUUCCUUUUUUAAGAGAAAAGCUCUAAAACUCAGAAAUAAUUAACUUUUGAGUAAUGAUCGGUGAAGCAUAUGAGUGCGAGCAGAGUAGCAUUAUUUUUUAAUCAGAAGUAACAUAGUAUUGAGACGCAAAGGAGGCCAAGAAUGAAACAGCUUUUUCUUUAAAUUAUGAAGCGGUUCGGUAAUUAUCUCUAUUUCAUUACUUUGCCUGAACAAGAUCUAAAGAACAGAUGUUUUUAUCUUGGUGGUAAACGAGAGAGCACGUCUUAAAAAGAGUUGAUCUUAUUGGUUAAUACUCUGGUAACAUGUUUUUUUUUUCUCCAGAUUAAUUGAUGUUAUCCUCGGUCUAAACAAGUUUACCACCCUGCUUCUCGAAAGAAUCACUUACCUGCUACAUGUAGAAGAAAAAGGUAAAAACUAAAUAGUCAUGUUUUCUUUAUAUAUCGCAGGUUUAUCUUAGGCUAUCAGGGGCGUAACCAGCCCAUAGACCUGUAGGCCCGGGUUUACAAAUUUUUGGUUUGUUCACUCUAUCGCUUGUAAUGAAUUAUGCCUUGUCGGGGUGAGCUAAAAAGGAUAAGAGCUCAAAUUGUUGGUGAGGUCAGCGCGAACUAGUCUUACGAGCAGUUUUUCAGGAUAUGUAGAAAUCAUGAAAGUCAGCCAUGCCUACAACCAACGAAAAGCUAGUUACUACCCUGGCUAUAGUUCUCCAGCCUGCAUUUGUGGGUGACUGCUUCAACUUCAAGCGGUUUAUUAUCGACAGCUGCCAUAAAAAGGGCAGAAAAUUUUACUCUGACCCCUUGUUCUCCCGAUAUCAUAGUGCACUACUGAGUGUUGCUCCAAAACAGGCCAGCUUACUAUUAAAUAAAGAAAGUUCAGUAUGCUUCGGAUCUCCUGUUGCUAUUCUGAAAAUGCAUGUCUUUAAUAGGUUUAGACACUUCCAGCAUUUCCAAAACUGAUGAAAAACGAAACGACUUUAUGCCUCUAAAAGCAAACGUAAGGUUAAGCAGACCUAAAGCACAACAGCAUAUUCUAAGGAUUUGAAUAAAACUGAACUUGUAUAACGGCUCAAAAUAUAUUUCAAUGGCUUUAGGAAGCUUAGUUCUAAAAGGCUUUUUGAUGAAUGUUUAAGAUAUGCGCUCGCCGAGAUAAAUUGGAAGUGGUCAAGCCAAUAGCUUCAUCAAUUGUCACAACUUUAAUAAUACUACUGUCCACGAUCUUUGUGGGGUAAAAUGGCCAAUCUCCUUUUGACCUAAACCAUUUCCUUUAGUUUAAGAUUAAUUCAUAGUCGCCAACUACUGUUUGCCUAAAUCAGAUAUUGACGUCAACUUUUUUAAAACAGCAGUAACAUGGAGACUGGUCGGGACUUUUUCCAGCAUAAAACAGUCAGAAGAGCUCGAGAUAAAGGGGGGCUAGCAAUUCGUUUAUAUAAAUGAGAAAAAGUACUAGACACGAUACUAGUAUUUUGAGCGAUUUGGGGGAAUUUGAAGACGUUCGCCGUCUAUUCGUUAGUGCGCCUCGUCUGAUAUAAGAAAGCAAAAGACGACAAUUUGCCGUAAUAAAGGUAAUAGAACAUUUUUUUAGCAUUGACCCAUGGAGGUAUUUAAGUGAAUAUGGCUAAAAAUGAAAAAGAAAUAAAUAAAUAAGGGUGUUAAACUCAUUAAACCUGUUUUAAACUCACAAACGGUUACACUUAAAGAUUGAGUGGAUUCCCUGUGUCACUCGGCCAUUUCACUCUGAUUUUACAAGUGCAAUACUAGGAAUGGUUUUCUACCUACACUUCCCAAGCCACGGACGGAACAAGGAAGACAGACUACGUAUUUUAGAGCUUUUAACGAUUGGGCUUUAAUUUUUCCUACCUAUUGAACUUAAAAGACCAAUCACGGACAUGAGUUUUAAAAGAAAUUUGAAAAGAUUUUUAGGUAAUUCUUCUUAGGUUAGCUUUAUGUACAUAUUUUUGCAUAGUUCUUAAUUUUUAUACAACUCAUUUUAAUAAUUCAUUUUAGGAUUUUUAUUUUUAUUUUAGUUUAAGUAUUUUAAUUGUAAUAGAGACCCUCCUGAAAACCACUCUUUGUGAUGGAGGCCUCCUCUUGAAAUAAGUAUUUUGUUAUCAUUCUUCUUCUUAUUAUUAUUAUUAUUAUUAUUAUUAUUAUUAUUAGUGGCUUGUAUUCAAGGUAGAUAGAUUGUAUUCAAGUCCAUCCUUUUUGUCAAGGAGAAUACAAAAAUUCAUUGAUUGAGAUUGAUUGAUUUUUUUAGUUCAAGUUUAUGCAUCUCGUUUGCCCAAUAAUUGCCAACGGACCUCCUUUAAUGUCUCUUAACGACUUGUUUACUCGGUAGGUAAUAUUACAAGAUUACCACGGAGAGCGUGAUUGUUUUUGAACUGUGGUGAUAACUUUGUAACUAAUAAUAGGCCCAGCAGACAUUAGGAACGCGAGCAAUUGAGCAUAGAAACAUUUCAUCAACAGUAAAGUUUAUUUUAGACGCAAGGCCCAGAAAGCAGCCGGCAUUUCUUUCAACUAUAAUGCGACUCAGUAAUUAUCUCUUUUUUUAGUUUGCCUGUGCAGUAACACAUCAAACCUUAAAAACAACACAUCCCCCCUGGAAAUUAACCAGGCUACCCCAAAUGCAUACCAGCUAGCUGAUGUGUCGCAACAAGACGACACACAGCUAGACACAAGCCCCCCUCAAUUUGAAGGAGACACUGAGCUUUGAAAAUUUCAGUAAAUCCACUGUUCAGCACAACCAGGCUCUUUAAAACAUCUCCAUCCCAAGUUUAGUAAUGGCCAGUUGCUAUGGUUACAAGAUAUGAAGUCAUAAGAAGCAGGUGGUCAAGCCAAUUUUGGGUGAAGAUACAUGUUUUUUCAACUUCUUUCAACGAUAAAAGUAAAUCUUGUGGCUAAAAUCAUGCAAAGUGUUUAUUUAUGUGUUAUUUUCAUGCAAAGCAAACAAAACUACCAUUUCUUGCGGUUUUAACCUGAUUUCUAAUUCUUGGUAAAAUCUAAGAUGGCGGCCAAGAUGGCGACCAUUUUUGGUGACGUCACAAGCCUCCAGCAGCGCAACCACCUAUAAAAUAUACCUCAUCUUGUUAAGAAGAUCAAAGGCUUUCCUCUAAAGGUAAAAUCGUUUCAAAAUACUGCAACAUAUCAAAAUCUCUAGAGAGGGGUUCCAUCCACCCAACCCCCGCCUCUAGUACCACGGUGGAGGUAUGAAUUUGCGUGUACGUCCGAGGGUCAAAAAGAGCGACCCAAAAGUGUUUUACAUGGUCCGUCAUUUCAAUCAUCACCGAAAAUAAAUAGCAUGCUCAUCACAAGACCUAUUUGCAUACAAUGAAAGUUUACAACACUCGGCCAUCGCAAUUUUGCUAAUUAAGAUACUCAUUUUUUUUUUUCUGACCACUCAGUAGUGUUCACUUGUUCCAAACUAAUCAACGCUUUCAAGCGAUAUAAUUCGUGGACCAACACGUUUCGGAAAAACUCGUACUUUAAUCUUUCCUAAGCAUUCUCCGCAAAACAUGCGUAGCCUCGAUCACGCAACGAUUCUUAGUCCCUACGUUUCCACGGUCUCCGCAAGGGACGCCUGGCACAAUAGCCCGCUAUUUGUGCACAAAAUACGACGAAAAAUCUUGGAGGGAGGUACAUCCAGAAAACAAAAUGGGUGGGGGUGUGCGGCAAGCUUCCUGAAACCCUUACUGUAUUUCAGACCAAAAUCUGGGAUUUUCCCUACCCUAUUUGAGACCUUGAUAAAAAAUUUGAUACCCUAUUUCAGACCUGAAGCACUGGAGGCCGGCGCGUAACAAGCUUUUACGGCGCGCACACGGUAGUUGGCGUAAACAUUAUAAGGGAAAUCGACUUAUCGCCAAUUACAAAUGAUGAAGAAGUAGCUAACAGGUCUAAAAAACAUACCCAAUUCAAGACUAGAGUGCACAAACCAUACCCUAUUUCAGACCAAAAUGGCUAAAAAAACCACAAUUGCACCCUUUAGCGCCGCACAUACCUAUACAGCUUAUAUAAGGGGCGAAUUGCAGGUUAUGAGUCUCGCUGCUUACGCAAGCGACACUGACAUCACUGCUUAUGCAAGCGAGACUGACAAGCGAGCAAUUUACAUUUUUUUAAAGAGACUAAGGGCUUUAUCAAAUUUAAUUUCAGAUCUCUCCCCAAGUAUUCGUCUUUUCCUGCAACGUAGUUGAUAGCAGUCUCCUCCUCUACUAACAACGAAAAACAGACGGCGUCUAAACCGGUCCCCAGUUCAUUAAGGUAAGCUUCACUUCUUAGGGCUGAGUUUCUUUGCACAGAUCAAUACUACAACUUCGAUUAAUAUACAAAAUACACUAUCAAAGUUAAAAAUGUGGCUUACUUCAAAGAAAGUGUGCCUGAGAGUAUUCAAAAAGUUUUUUUCCUUAGGAAGAUAGAUUGAUAGACUUUUAUUUUAAUCUUACUGGCGUCAAGUAGAGAUCUUAUACAGGAAAUAACCGAAGCGGGAUUAGCUCAGUCGGUAGAGCGCGUGAAUGCAGCGCGGGAAGUCGCGGGUUCGAUUCCCGGGGCCGGACCAAUACUCAGGAUCUUAAAAUAACUGAGAAAUGAAAGUACUCCCUUUGCCUUGCAAAAGGUUAGACCUUCGUGUGGCUCGGAUGACCACGUAAAAUGGCGAUCCUGUCUCCGGCAGGAUACGUAAAAAACAGUAUCCUCAAUUAGUACUUUCGUGCUAAAUACAUUGACAGUCAAGUAAGGUGCAUUUUUAUUAUAAACCUUGUUAAUGCAAUUCUAAACUUUAAAGGCUACUUUGAGUCGACCAUGAGGCUUAGCUUGUUUCUAUAUACAAAUAAAGAAAAAAAAACCGUUCCCAUCUAUCGCUCUGUUUUUGACGCCGAAUGUCGUUUGUGAAAAGCACCAUGAUGUUAUUCUUGAUAUAAUCUGUCUGUUUGUUAAUCCUUCAGUUCUGAUCAUGAAAACAACAUGUUUAUCUCGUUCAUCUACCAUGUUUAAAGUGUCUUUUACUUAUAAUUGGGGCAGAAAUUAUUCGAAUUAUGUAGAAAGUACAGAGAAAAAGCAAGACUGGACGUGCGUUUCAUGUACUCUCAUUUUUCUCCUUAUCAAAUUUACAGACAAUUAAAAGCCAUAUUACAAUUGACUUGCAUUUGAGGUUUUGACUAAAAACGUUUUGCAUACAGUGUAUUUGCAGUUUCUUUUAAACACAGAGGAAAUUCUAGGAUGGGACAUCUUUGAAAGCAGUUGUUAAUCACGAAAGAGUCCAAUCAACAGAUCUUGAACUUAAUCCUUUGUAAGGGUACAGAUUUUGAGAGAGUCGAGGUACACAGGAAGUCGAGUAAGGGGUUAAACAACGGUUUAUUCCUAAGCUUCUUGGUUCUUCUAAGUUCCACGAUUUUCUUUGAUUUACUAAGAUUUUCCAAGCGAAGUUAUGCUUACAAAGUGGCUGUAUUUAUACUAAACUAUUAAGUUAAGUAGUUUCUAAGAAAGCUCAAUACUAUUCUUAUGUGUAAAAAUAGGUGUUAGGGGGUGGUAGAACUGAUAGAAAAAAUAUCGUAUCUCUAUAGCCAAAUUAGUAUACAAGGAGGUAAAACGGUGGUUUAAAAGAAACCAAAUUUUCCUAAGAUUCUGUCGAAAGUAACCCUAGUUUGAAAAUAGGAAAGUAAGCAAAAUUUAGCUGAAAAUAGCCCAAAUGAGAACAAAGAACAAAAAAGGUGUUCGGUUGCCUAAGCCCAACAAGAUUUAAUGACAUAAAUAUGAUUAUGAUUCAAAUUUGGAAACGAAAGCGAUAACUACCUUCAGGUUUUAAUAAACGAACUUCGUUUACAGAACACGCUUAUUUUACCAUUCCACAGCUGAAUACAUAUACUAAGGGAAGUUAUUAUUUCUAUCUACCGAACUUGUUUCUAUGAUUCUUACGUAAGCUUGAAGGGGUUUUUCUUAACCUCAGUUAGACUAGUUUAAUUGCCAAAGACUAAAACCACACUAAUCUUAUGAAGUUUCCUACAAUUAACCAUGCGCCCAACUUCUAUUUUUUAAUUGAUCCAAACACCAAUAAAGAGGUCGGUGAAUAAAUCUUUAGCCAAAGACUUAACUAACCAGCAAACGUUUGCUAGUAGAAUCUAAAGUGUGUCCAGCUGUUCUGACAGCUUGUAAACACCAUCCUUUGUCCCUUAACAAAAGAUAUUUGAGAUAUGAUGGAACUUUUGAUUUCUGAACCUACCUAAAAAUGAACUUUUGUAUAUCCCUAAAUAAAGGUAAAUGCCCAACACCAAAAUAAAUAGAAUAAACUGAAUAAAUAUUAAUGAUUACGAAGAGAAGCGCAUACAAUAAAGCAGACUGAGCAAAAAUGUACCCUCUAGCAUAUUAUUCCCCCCUUUUACGUUGACCAGAGAAAUGUUGCGACUGCAAUUCUUGUCUAAUUAUCUGAGUAAUUUCUUCUCUUCCUAGAAACGUCUCUGAACUGUUUUCUGUGUUAUCGGUCGCCAACUGCUCAUCACAUGCAGCCACUCAGUAAGUUCACCAGUUAAUCUUAAUCUUGAUAACGCGCUUUAAAUUUCCUCUGUCCUGUCUAGGGGCUUUUCGCCGAGGAGUAUUGUCUCCUUAAGUUUUGCGCACGUCUCUGCUUCGAAAAAUGUUUUUGGUCGCUGCAAAACUGGGUAGUUUUUUUUUUGGUUUUUUUUCUUUUUUAAAUUCAGGUUUUAGGCCGUCUAUAAAUGUCGCUCGACUGGUAGUUCUAAGCGCAAACAGAGUUUUCGUAUUUCGGAUGCAAACUGUGCUACGCUCUCAUUUUCACUUUGCUUUUUAUUUAGAAGUUGUUGUCUUAACAGCCAGAUAUCUGAUUCUGAAAGAAAUUGCUUGAUCAAUGCUUCACAGACGUAUCAAGAAAUGGUCUAUUGUACCGGGUCUAAUUCACCAAAACAAUAGCCUUUUGUCCUAGGUGUUGCUGCCGAAAACAGACCAAACAGUCUGUGCAUGAUGGUUUAAUCUUCAGCGCGACAAAUUUGUAAUAUUAGGGGGAAGGAGAGAGGUUUUUUGCCUUGAUGCGCUGCUAUUUUAACUGGGAUACUAAGGGGAAAGUUUCACCACGAGACGCUCAUUGUCAAGUAAAACGUAGGAGCGUAAACGUCUUCUGUUUGCUCAUCUAACAUGUAACUACUACUAGACAUGAUAAAUUAACAAGUGAGAUUUAUUGCGGCACACAACGCAGGAGUGUGUAUUUUGCGAGUCGAGCGGAAAAAACCGUUUCACUUUUGAUCGGAUCCGUCGUGAUUUUAUACUGAGCGCUCUGAACAAAAAAAUAUAACUUCAGAAAUACUUUACAGAGAACGUCCUUAAACCGUUAUUAAGACAAGCUCAGUAUUAUUUGUGCGUCCUACAUUUAAAGGUGCGAUCUUUGAGUGUAAUUCAUGCCUUUUACUAAUUUUAGUGCGCGCAAAAUGCGUCCGGUAAUUCUCUUAAAAAAAUAAAAUUAACAAAUGAGUUCUACAACAGAUUAAACGACUUUCAUUCUUAUUCUUACCCAAGCGGCCUAGAAUACGUUUUCACCAUCUUUGUAAUCCGCAAAUUUUUCCUGCUUAAAAAAUAAUUCGACUUUUUAUGUGCUCAACUUCAUUACCAAGGGAAAAAAAAAGAGAAAAGAUUUUAGUCUUUAGUUCAUUUUUACUUUGAUCAUAGGUUUUGCCCGCCAAAAGCGUCGAUGAUGAGAACCAAACAUUUGCUUUGCCAGUGAACAAGAGCAGAAGAACUUCAGCUUUUUGGACAUUUGUAAAUCUUUAAAAGGUUGCCGUUUGAUCAAGCUGUCUCAGAAACUGUUUUACAUCUUCACCUGAAUAUGAUCUCCUGAGAAUUUUGGUAAGUGAAUGUCAUUCGCCGUUAGAAAAGAAGGAUGUUGCACCUUUCCUGUAGAUUUUGCUAGCUCCUCAAUCAGCUCCUUCCAUUUUCCAAAAUUCAGUUCGUUUUGUUCCGUAAUCAAUUUAGAAACGUUCUCAUAAGUCUACGUCAUUUGUCAUUACACAAUUAUUCUUAUAGUUCACAGUUUACUUAGAGAAACAUGCCCAAGAUUUUCCGAAACAUUUUACCGAUACUCAGCAUUAGAUAAAUUAAAAUCCGCAAUUGCGUACUAAAAGAACUCAAGAUGAAAUGGAACAAACAAUUAACUUCGAUAUGGGCAUCUAAUUAAAUAAAUAUGAGUAGACAAAUAAAUACAAGUACAAUAAAAUUCGCUACUUUAUAAAUCGUCUCUACCUAAGUAAAAAAUCUCUGGCUUUGUUCCUUAACCACUCCACUCACUGUAAGUUCAAAUAAUUUGGCGCUUUACUCACAUAGUCCCAUUCAGCUUGGUUGAUCCUGGACUGUUGGUAGCGAGAGGUAAUAGUAGCCAGGAUCGAGGUAGGCUGCGAGAGGUAUUGUUGUUAGCCGCGAUUGACUGCCCGGUUUACAAACUCCAGAAAUCUGUAAGGGUACAGAUUUUGAGAGAGUCGAGGUACACAGGAAGUUUAGUUGAACAACGGUUUAUUCCUAAGUUUCUCAGUUCUUCUAAGUUCCGCGAUUUUCUUAGAUUUACUAAGAUUUUCCAAGCGAAACUAAGCUUACAAAGUGGUUGUAUUUAUACUAAACUAUUAAGUUAAGUAGUUUCUAAGAAAGUCAAUAGUAUUCUUAUGCGCAAAAAUAGGUGCUAGGAGGUGGUAGAACUGAUAGAACAAAAGAUACUGAAAAUAUCGUAUCUCUAUAGCCAACUUCCUAUACAAGGAGGUGAAACGGUGGUUUAAAAGAAACCAAAUUCUCCUAAGAUUCUGUCGAAAGAAACCCUAGAUUGAAAAUAGGAAAGUAAGUAAAAUUUAGCUGAAAAUAGCCCAACUGAGAACAAAGAACUAAAAAGGUGUUAGCCAACAAGAUUUUAAUGAGAUAAAGAAAUAUGAUUAUGAUUCAAGUUUGGAAAUGAAAGUGAGAACUAUCUUCAGGUUUUAAUAAACGAACUUCGUUUACAGAACACGCUUAUUUUUUCAUUCCACAGCUGAAUACAUAUACUAAGGGAAGUUAUUAUUUCUGUCAGCUAUCGAACUUGUUUCUAUGUUUCUUAAGUAAGCUUGAAGGGGUGUUUGUUAACCUCAGUUAAACCUUUAAUUGCGAAAGACUGAAACCACACUAAUCUUAUGAUGUUUCCUACAAUUAACCGUGCUUCUAUUUUUUUGAUUGAUCCCAACACCAAUAAACCAAGAGGUCGGUGAAUAAAUCUUUAGCCAAAGACUUAACUAGCCAGCAAACGUUUGCUAGUAGAAUCUAAAGUGUGUCCAGCUGUUCUGACAGCUUGUAAACACCAUCUUUUGUCCCUUAACAAAAGAUAUUUGAGAUAUGAUGGAACUUUUGAUUUCCGAACCUACUUUAAAAACAAACUUUUUUAUACAUUAUAUAUCCUUGAGUAAAAGUAAAAUGCCCAACACCGAAAUAAAUACAAUAAAUUGAAUAAAUAUUAACGAUUACGAAGAGAAGGGCAUACAAUAAAGCAGACUUAACAAAAAUGUACCCUCUGUGUUUCAGUCAUUGAGAGAAGAAACUUGUUAGAACCAGACAUGUUUCCCGCAGAUUGUGCCAAGGAGAUUUGCAAAGAUCAUUUGCACACGUUAUUGUCAGUAGCACUUUCUAGUAACUUGAAUCAGGAAUUCCAGUGUUUUUAGCCAAUUCAGUAUGGGCGAGAUAUCUCUUCCUCGUAUUCUCAAACUGUAGUGGUUUAUCAAAAUACCAGGGAAGCAGUCAAACCAGAGUUGCUGACCAUAGCAAUGAAGGAGUUUCCAGUCAUCAUUUCUUGGUUCCUUGGUCAAAACAUUUUUCUGUUACGGUUUUCAAGUAACACCAGUGUUUCUCCAAUAGACGAUACUUUUUCAACUUGCUUCUUCAUAUUGCGGCACAAGCGUAAGUUCAUGUUGUAACCAUGACGAUAUAUAUAUGUCGCUGUUUGUUUUAAUGGAAUAGCUCAGUCAUGAUUAUUCCCUCUUCUCCACUUUAAGUCUUGAAAUUGAGUGAGCGCAGUUAAAGCCUAAAGAACACCAGCCAAUUUAAUUUUACAAUUAUCUGAGCUUAAGAUUACCUGACAACUAUCGGAAUAAAUUACACUAAUAUAGCUUAACUUUUUAGCUGAUUUAAUCUGUCUUUUUUUUUUUUAAUUUCAUUUCAAGUUUUGUUUAUUUAUGUUCCGCUUGGUGUUCAAACACAAUUUGAGCUCAAUGCUAAGUUGGUUUACAAAUUUCCAUCUUCGCAGACAAAAGAAAUUGUUUUUUACGAUAGUCGUAUUCUUACAAGUUAACCCUCGGAUGUACAACGGGGUCGGCGGGGGAGUGGAUGCCACUCUCCUCCCCCAUAAGGUUUUUCUCAGUUGUUUUCCUUGAGGAUAAAACAUCAGCAACUGACGUUUUCAGUAGCUGUUCGUUCAUCCCUUGCGCACUUUUUGAAACAAGUUUAGAGAUGGUCAGGUGCUAUGGUACGAGAUAUGACGUUAUAAGUAGCAGGUGUUCAAACCAAUUUUAGGAGAAAAUACAUGUUUUUUCAACUUCCUUAAAUUAUAAACAAUCAAAGUAAAUCUUGUGGCUAAAAUCAUGCAAAGUGCUUAUUUAUAUGUUAUUAUUCACGUAAAGCACAAAAAAUUACCAUUUCUCGCGGUUUGAACCUGAUUUCUAAAUCUUUUUUUAUUAUUUCUAACUUUUGGUAAAAUCCAAGAUGGCGACCAGUGUUGGUGACGUCACAGGCCUCCAGCAGCGCCACCACCCAUAAAAUAUACCUCCUCUUGUUAAGAAGAUCAAAGGCUUUCCACUAAAGUCAAAAUCGUUUCAAAAUACUGCAACAUAUCAAAAAACUCCGGGGGGGGGCUCCAUCCACCCCCUCUCCUUUGUACCCCGGUGGGGGUAUGAAUUUGCAUGUUCGUCUAAGGUUUAAGAUACUUAACAAUCACUGAAUGAGGCUGAAUAUCAUCUGAAGAAUUGUGGAGAUCAAGGCAGAUGUUACAGAUAACACCCUCUGAGAUCUCCAUAAUUCUUCAGAUGAUACGAAAGCCGAAUUGAAUAUCUUUUUUUAUUGUUCAUUUAAAGUAAUUCCUAGGGCGCUUUCCAUUUAGGAAAAAAACCCGGAAAUUUCGGUGGGAGCAAAAGUGGAAUUUCCGAUUGCUAAAAAGUUGUUCCAUUUGGCCUUACACCGGUACGCCUCGGUGCCCGACCGUGGACCUGGAACUGGUACAAACUACGAGAAAGGUAAAUGGAACACGACAUUCCGUUCGGAAAUUCCAACCGGGAAAACGGGCCCACCUUUUUAGAUUUUCCACUUUUUCUGGGAAUUUUCCAAUGAGACGAGCCGACGAAACGUGUUCCAUUUACCGCCGAACCAGAAAUUCCGGAAAUUUUGACUAAAUGGAAAGCGCCCCUAGUCUAAAAGUAAGCUAAAACAUGCAUCAUGCAUCUCCAUCUAAGCAUGUUUAGGAGAUAAAGGGUCGUUCAGGUCUGUAAAUAUUCUCCAGAUAGCAGAUACUUCGAGUUGCCUUCUUGCUGUUCUUGCUAUGUUUUUAGCCAACAUUUCGUCUUUUUCUUCCUCCUGAAACGAGUGAAAUGUUCUGCCAUUUUGUACUCACCACCAAAACAACUCAACCUCGUCCACAGGUCUUCUUGGUUAAAUCAAUAAUCUGGCAAUUUUGCUGCAAAAUUGAUGUUAUUUUAUACAUAUCAGAAACGGAGAAAUAUUUUGAAUAAAUAAUAAUGAUCUUUCUUUAGCAGUGAUGAUGAUCAAAGUUUAUUGUUCUUGCAGGUUACUGUAGCGGGUAACACAAACUCAAGAAAAAACAACACCAUCGACGAAAAUAACUCAGCAUGAUUGUUUCAUCAUCCGACUGCAUCAUCUGGGCAACCGUAUUCACCGCCGAGUUUGUUGCUAUAGUAACGGUGAAUCUCCUUUCCAUCAUUCUUUUUAUAAAGAACAGAAGCCUUCGCACUCGCAGCAUGUACUUGGUUAUAAGCUUAACCGUGGCUGACAUGUUGGUUGGAGGUCUUUCCGGGAGUGUCAGUCAGUUGGAUUUGCUUCGCAAUUGUCACUUUGUAAAUGUUUCUUUAGUAUAUCUGAAAGUUAUAAUUGUAAUACGCAAUCUUUUGCUUUUCUUUCCCUUUGUCUCUCUGACAAACAUUGCUGUGAUUUCUUUAGAGCGAUUUCACGCCACUUUUCGUCCAUUUAAGCAUCGACUGAUCAAGAGAUGGGUCUACGCGGUGGCAAUUGUUGUUGUCUGGGUUUUUCCUGUUAUUACAUUAGUCAUUCGUGAUAUAGAAUGGUUUCUGAUUAGACAUCACCUGUACUUGUGGGAAUCACACUGUUGUUUAUGUUUAUUUGUUAUCUUUGUUUCUUACACGUCCAUUGUCUUUAAGUUUCGUUUUGGAGCUCAUCGUCAACGCCAUUGUGCAGCUGCUUUAAGACAAAGAAAACUGACUGUCACAUUGUUUAUAACAACUUUAGUAUAUUUACUGUUGUGGCUACCAUACAACAUAUAUCUUUUUGUUGCCUGGUUAAGUGAUAUUUGUAAUUACCGUAUUGCUUAUCCAGAAGGUUUAAGUUUACGUUAUUUAUUGCGUUUUUUGUUUUAUGCAAACUCUCUUGUAAAUCCCAUUUUAUAUGCAAUAAGGAUGUCGGACUUU